AUGAAGCAUCGGACGCUGACAUGGCAUGAUAUGCGCGCACAUCCAAUUUCAAGCUAUAGGAGAGAAGACAACGAUUGGUCGUACGCACCCUCAUCGUGGAUCAAGCGAGCUGAUGAGUUCGGGUGGGCUCAUCUCAUGGCUAAAACUGACCCUGCCCCAUUGUCAUGCUUUGCAAGAGGAAAAUUGAUAUGCCUUUAUGCGGGUUGCAACCUUCUUGUCUUGUCUCCAGCAUUAGAAACUAACAUUAUAGGAAUGCCGCUUCAAACCUACCGUGAUAUAGCCAUGAACGAUUGCCCGGGUUCCAAUAAAACCCGAGCUGAAGAGCUCAGGACGCUCGUCAUCCCUAAGGAGUACGUGCGACCACACUCGUCUCGUGUGGAUACCCCACGUACGAUAAAAAUCCUUGCAGCAUUUGUGUCUAGGGACUGGGCAUGGGCCAUCAAUGAUUUCUCAACCCUGGCACAAAUGUACAUUUUUACGAAGGAUACGCCGUGGGAUCGAGAAUUGCGUCCAGGAACUUCAUUAUGGGACUUUGUAUUCGCUCGUUUCACUGGUGGCCCUGACUGGUUUCUAGAGCCAGUGGAUGCAUUGCUCAAACUCCGUGAAUGGAGGUCCUCAGUUUUGAAGGCUAGCAAAUGUCACGAACGAUAUUGUCAAAAACAAAUUUCAAGUUACUUCGGUUUGGCGCCGCAAGAAGUAGACAGCCCAUGCACUGGAUAUGGGUACAACCGUCCUAUCCUUCAAGAGCUGCUGAAAAAUCGUAAUGGAUGCUUUGCAGGCAUAGGACGUUACUCAGCAAAUGAUCUUUUGUACACACUAGGAAUCUAUCCCGGCACCCCCUCGCGUGUAAUUUGCUCCGAUCCAGCACUAUAUGCCGCUUUUGAAACAGGGCUGCAGAACUACCUGGCACAGUUUGGUACAGAACCUUUUUUGUCUCGGGCAUCGUCUGUACCUAACACCACAAAUCCUUUCGACUUUAACGAGCAUUUAAACUCGGAAUUUCUUAGAAAAUGGGUGCUGGUCUAUAGGAGAUCAAUGGCUGUAAUGUCGGCUAAACUUUACAAUUUUUACGCGUCGCGUGGACUCUUUGACGAAAACCAUAUCAUAGGUGGUGCUUAUGUACCCAACUGUAAUCAAUUGCUUGACAUCAACCGACGCGUUCGUAAAUAUGUUCCAGUGUUUUUUUGUGAAGAUCCUUUGGCUGCCUACACUGUCAUUAGAGCUAAGAUUCCGAGAGAAUGGGGUUGUGAUGUAUCUAGGACGAGAGUUGUUGAUGACAUCAAGCGGUUCACAUACUCUACCACCAUUGGUACUGCACAGUUUAGGGUUCCCCUGGACAAUCGCCCAUUCUUCCAUGAUAAAGAGCCGGGUACCCUCAUCAUUGGCAGACCCAGAAUCGAACGUACAGGAAAAGUAGGUAGACCGAGGAAGGGUUUAUCGAAGAAGAGACUUCUUAAACUAUACGAUGUCCAAACGGGCAGAAAAGCGGUAUAA